AGGCGCCUAGUCGGAGGGAAGGAGGCUGGGGCCGCUGUCCCCGAGCGCCCCCUGGAGGCCAAGGCGUGCCAGUGGCAAAGCGGAGCAACUUUGGGCUCGGAGACGGAGGGAGGAGGAGGACGCGGCUGAGGAAAGCAGCGCCUGGGACCGGCCGUCGGACUUGCGGAAAGAAGGGCGGUCGAGGAUGCGGGGCUCCUGCGCGGCCGCUUCCAGAUCGGGAUGCUCAGGAGAGGAGGAGGCGGAGGAGGAGGAGGAAAGGCGCCCGAAGCAGCCCAGCAGCGAGGAUGGGGGCUGCCCCUAAGCAAGAGCUGGACGUGGCGAAGGACUUUCUUCGUCAUCCUCAUCCUCUUGUCCUCCGUGGCUUCCUGGUCCCACCUUACGCCUCGACGGAGUGGACUCUCUUUGGCGACAGGCUUGCCCCCUCUGAGCCCUCGCUCUUCCCCGUCUGUGAAUCUAAGGGGACUUUUCUUCCCUCCUGAGCAAACUCGGACGAUGGAAGUGUGCUGGCGCCUGUCCUAAGAUGCCCGUGAUGAGGGGCCUCUUGGCUCCCCAAAACACCUUCCUGGAUACCAUCGCCACCCGCUUCGACGGCACCCACAGUAAUUUUGUCCUGGGCAAUGCCCAAGUGCGAGGAGCCUUUCCAGUGGUUUACUGUUCAGAUGGCUUCUGCGAACUGACUGGCUUCUCCCGGGCGGAGGUCAUGCAGCGCUGCUGUGCUUGCAGCUUCCUCUAUGGGCCUGACACCAGUGAACUGGUGCGCACACAGAUCCGCAAAGCCCUCGAUGAGCACAAGGAGUUCAAAGCCGAGCUCAUUCUCUACAGGAAAAGUGGUGUCCCCUUCUGGUGCCUGCUGGAUGUAGUGCCUAUCAAGAAUGAAAAGGGAGAGGUGGCACUUUUCCUGGUCUCCCACAAGGAUAUCACGGAGACCAAGAGCAGAGCAUUGGCAGAAAACUGGAAAGAAGGAGGUGAGGUCAGAGGAGGGCUAAUGAAGGGCCGAAUUGUUCUGCGGAUCCAAGAGGCAUCAGAGAAAUCAAGAAACUACUGUGGACGGCGACGCUACAACCGCGGUGGGGCCAAAGGCUUCAAUGCCAACCGUCGCCGAAGCCGGGCUGUGCUGUACCACCUGUCCGGGCACCUCCAGAAGCAGGGCAAAGGGAAACGCAAGCUCCACAAGGGGGUCUUCGGGGAGAAGCCUGCCCUACCUGAAUACAAGGUGGCUGCAGCACGCAAAUCGCCAUUUAUCCUCUUGCAUUAUGGAACCUUCAAGGCCGGCUGGGAUGGACUGAUUCUUUUGGCUACGUUGUACGUGGCUGUUACAGUGCCCUACAGUGUCUGCUUCAGCGGCGCCAAGGAGGAAGGGCUUCCUGAGCCUGUUCGUGCACCUCCCAGCAUUUGUGAUCUUUCUGUUGAGAUCCUUUUUAUCCUAGAUAUUGUGCUGAAUUUCCGCACUACUUUUGUCAGCAAAUCAGGGCAGGUGGUAUUUGACCCUCGUGCCAUUUUCUUGCAUUACCUGACCCGUUGGUUUGUUCUGGACCUCUUGGCAGCCCUGCCUUUUGAUCUUCUCUAUGCCUUCCAGGUCAAUGUGUACUUUGGGGCUCACUUACUCAAGACUGUGAGGCUCUUGCGCCUGCUGCGCCUACUACCCAACUUGGAUCGAUACUCGCAGUACAGUGCUGUGGUGCUCACCCUGCUCAUGACUGUCUUUGCACUCCUGGCUCACUGGGUUGCCUGCGUCUGGUAUUUCAUCGGGCAGCGUGAGGUUGAGAGCAGCCCCUCCCAGCUUCCAGGAAUAGGUUGGUUGCAGGAGCUGGCUCGGCGCCUGUCGACUCCCUACUACCUGGCCCAGAGGAACAACAGUGGAGAAGACAGUUCUGCCAAUGAGACGGGUCCCCCCCUGAACAACAGCGUGUGGGAGCUGCUGGGGGGCCCCUCCUUGCGUAGCUCGUACAUCACCUCCCUCUACUUUGCCCUCAGCAGCCUGACUAGCGUGGGCUUUGGAAACGUGUCGGCCAACACUGACUCAGAGAAGAUCUUCUCCAUAUGCACCAUGCUGGUGGGGGCCUUGAUGCAUGCAGUGGUCUUUGGCAAUGUGACUGCCAUCAUCCAGCGCAUGUAUGCUCGCCGCUUCCUCUAUCACAGCCGCACGCGUGACCUGCGUGACUACAUUCGCAUUCACCGCAUCCCUCCACCAUUGAAGCAGCGAAUGCUUGAGUACUUCCAGGCCACCUGGAGUGCCAACAAUGGCAUUGAUACCCGGGAGCUGCUGCAGAGCCUCCCAGAUGAGCUGCGUGCCGACAUUGCCCUGCACCUGCACAAGGACCUGCUCCAGCUCCCUCUCUUCGAGGGGGCAAGCCGGGGCUGCCGACGCUCCCUUUCACUCAGUGUCCGUACUUCCUUCUGCACACCUGGGGAAUACCUGAUCCGGCAGGGGGAUGCACUUCAGGCCGUCUAUCUUGUCUGCUCAGGCUCCAUGGAGGUGCUCAAAGAUGGCACUGUCCUGGCUAUCCUAGGAAAGGGGGACCUGAUUGGUUGCCACAUCUCAUCCAGGGACCGGGUGGUUCCAGCCAACGCAGAUGUGCGAGGUCUGACCUACUGUGACCUGCAAUCCCUGAGCCUGCCGGGCCUCCUUGCGAGCCUCAAACUCUACCCAGAAUUUGCCAGAAAAUUUCUCCAGGAGCUGCCCUGUGAGCUCAGUUACAACCUGGGAGGGGGAAGCAACCUUCCAGCAGAGUCUCCAUCGCCGAGCAGCAGAGAACCCACCACUCUUCUCUCUGUAGUGGGGAAGGAUACUAAUGCCUCAUUCCCUCCACAUCACCGAAGCCCCUGCGUGCCCCCAGAAGCAGUGGAUGAGCCCUCCAAACCCUUGUUCCCUUCUGUCUCUGGAACCUCCAGCCAUCAGAUGCCACGUUCAGGUUUUCCUCGCCAUCCACCCUCAGAAGCGUCCUUGCGUCCCACAGCGUUGCGUCUGAAUAGUGCCCCGUGCAGUGGCCCCCCAGAGCUCAGCCCCAGGGUUGUAGACGGCAUCGAGGAUGGGUCUGGCUCCGACAAACCCCUUUUUAGUUUCUGGCUUGGCCCUUCAGGCGCAGACUACAACAGCCCUUCACCUGGCACAGACAGCGGCCUCCUCACCAUCCCCCCAGAGCUGUCCAGUGCUGACACUAUUGAGAAACUGCGCCAGGCGGUGGCUGAGCUUUCUGGGCAGGUGCAACAAAUGCGUGAAGGGUUGCACUCUUUGCGCCAAGCUGUCCAGCUCUUCCUUCUCUCACAGACACCAACUGAGCCGCAUAGAGAUCCUCCACCCUGCGGGCCUUUUCCCCAUGCGGAUGCUCCUGCAACUCCACUGCUGAGCCCACUCCGAGUAGAAACUGGACUCUUGCCAGCCUUCUGUUCGCAUAGUGGACCUCCUGCACCCUUUCCAAAUGGGGCUUGUGGCCGGAUUCAGUGGAUGUGGUCACCGCCGGCCGGGCAGAGCUCACCCUGGCCUGGAACGCUCUGGACCCUGGGGUCAGGAAAGGGCUCAGAAGCUGGGGCUGCCAUUUCAUCUGCUGGUCAUGGACCCAAGGAAAAAGGGGAAAAUACACAGCCACCAAAUCAGAGCCAAGCGUGCUCCCCCAUAGGCAUCCCAGAAACCAUAUAUACCAAGACUCAAGCCUGUGAUUUUUCAAGUUUGGAGAUGGUGCAGAUUGGCACAGAGGAGGAAGCUACAGAUAUUGCCCCUUACUGGCCAGAGGUGGAAGGGACAGGCAUAUGAAAUACCAUAGUUUGGCUUGACUGUUUACAUCAAGAUCCAUCUUUUGGAUUUUCUUGGUCUAGAAAGAUGCUGUCUUACAGUAUGAGGUGCUACCAUGUUCUGGGGAACAGCAAACAUCUAAGUAGAGAGAUGCUAGAAAGCAAGGCAGAGCAAUUCCUGAGAAAAUACAACAAAGAUUUUGUUGAAGAAGUCCAGAGGAGGCUUAUCAUGUGGCAGAAUUUGCAGAGGGCAAUGGUGGCCAAAUGGAAAUGAGAUGGAGAUCAGAAACUACAGAAGACAGAAGAGGAGACUAAUUUGUAAUCAAUUUGUAAAUGGCUUUGAAAGCACAUUUCAAGAAAGCUGCAGUAAUUCUCACAGUAGUGAUAGAAGAAAAGGAUUAUAAGAUAACCUUUGAAGAUUUCUGUAGAACGAAAGAACAAGCAAUCACUAUUGGCAAACGCGGACAAACUGAAUCUGCUGCAGCAGGCUGUUGCCAAAAGCUAGACCCAUGCUAGCUGGAAUGUUGCCUGGGUUGCAGAAUUACAUUGUCAAACUCAAGACAGUUGAAAUAUGCAAAACACAAACACUCACCAUAUUAAAGCUUUCUUCAGGCACCUUGAUUGUUAUGUAUCAGCUGUGGCAUCAGGGAAUGACUGGGAAUCCCAUUGUGCAUGCAGUUUUCUGGUGGGAGGGCAGAACAAAGAAUCGUUCUGGCCCCUUUUGAUGCAAAGGCUUACAAAGAUAGCAAUUUUUUUAUUUAAUAAAAGGUAAAUUUUGAACAUUGAA